CGCCCGGAGCGAGCCAACCACUGCACCAGUCCAUCAUCACUCGCUCCGUCCGUCCUGCCUGGCGAGGUGAGGCCGCGGCGGCUGCUUGCUUUUGUUGCCUUGCUCCCGCUCCAAUUUAUGGCGAUUUAAUGCCACCAGCGAGGAGUUGGGCGCCCAGCAGUGGCUGCAUCAAUGGCGUCGUCGCCCGCAUCCAAAUCUCACUGCUAGCACUAGCCUCUUCCUAGCUUCCUCUGGCUCAUUUCUCUUCUUCGUCCCCUUCCUCUCGUUCUUCUCCACAUUUCUUCUUCAUCUUGGUUUCUUGGAGCACCACCCAAGAAAUGCUAUUUUUCUUUUCUCCUUUCCAGUCGUGACAUCUCUGCUCCGCCAUUAUUUCUUCCCUCUUGCUGCAGCUUCUGGCUCACUGCCAGAUAGCUAGUCAGACACGAAACCGGACUGUUUGAAUUCAAAGCCAAGAUUUUUCUCGCAAAGGUUUAAUCUUUUGUAGAUUUUUCGCUUCUUUCUUUCAUGUUUUUUUGGUAGUUUGGGGGCAAAUCUUUGAGUUGAGAGCUCGAGGAGGUCGGAGGCAUGGUGGCGGAGCCGCUCGUGCACAAGGUGCUCUCCAUGGCGACGUCGUCGUCGUCGUCCAAGAAGGUGAGGCCGGCAGCUAGUGCCAAGGGCGGCGAGGCGGCGGAGGACGGCAGGGUGGGCAUCCUGUCGUUCGAGGUGGCCAACGCCAUGUCGCGCGCCGCUAACCUCUACCGCUCGCUCUCUGACGCCGAGGCGGCGCGCCUGCUCGGCCCGAUCUGCCUUGGCUCCCAAGCCGUGCGCGCGCUCGUCCCCGGUGACGACGCGCGGCUCCUGGCCCUCGCGCUCGCCGAGAAGCUCGACGCGCUCAACCGCGUCGCCGCCGUCGCGUCGCGCCUCGGGCGGCGGUGCACGCUCCCGGCGCUCUUGGGGUUCGACCACGUCUACGCCGACCUCCUCGCCGGCCGCUCCGGCACCGCCGCGGCUGCCUUCGCCGUCGCCUCCCCGUCCGACGCGGCCGCGCUCGUCCGCAAGCUCGACCGCCUCGCGGCCGCCACCGCCGCGCUCUACGCGGAGCUCGAGGUGCUGACCGAGCUCGAGCAAACGGCGCGGAAGCUCCCCACCGACGAGGCCCGCCGCGCGCUGGAGCAGCGCACGCGGUGGCGCCGCCACGACGUGCGCCGGCUCAGGGACUCGUCGCUCUGGAACUGGGGCUACGACAAGGCCGUGCUCCUGCUCGCGCGCGCCGUCUGCGCCAUCUACGACCGCAUCCGCCUUGUGUUCGGCGAUCCGAUGCUCGGGCUCGACUUGCUGGCCACUACCCGGGAGUCACGGCAAUGUGACCAAAGCCGGCAGAUUUCCGGUCCAAUUACAGCGAAUUCAGGUCCUGUCCGAGCCAAUCUCGGUGAUGCCAAGUCAGGGCCAAUUGCCAUAGUCGAUGUUGAUAUGCCACGCUCAGUGAAUUUUCGGUCGAAUUGCGGAGCAAGCCCAGGGAAGAUGUUCAUGGAGUGUUUGAGCUUGAGUAGCUCGGUGUCGUGGAAGGAUGGGUUUGAGGAUGAGUUCCUGGAAAAUGCCAGCUGCAUCAGCAAGAUCAAGUCAGGGAUGCUGGUACCGUUGAGUGGCGAGCAGGGGGUGUCCUCAACGACAGCCAAGAGCGGCAAGAUUGGCACAAGGGUGCGGUUUGGUCCGAAGAGCACGGUGACAUCACUUGCGGCGCCAUCCACAGUUGGCGGGUCGGCCCUUGCAGCGCAUUAUGCAAACAUCAUCAUCAUCAUCGAGAAGUUGCUCCGGUACCCACAUCUUGUUGGCGAGGAGGCACGGGACGAUCUGUACCGGAUGUUGCCCUCGAGUUUGAAGGCGGCAUUGAGGAAGAAUCUGAGGACAUAUGUUAAGAACAUGGCGAUCUAUGAUGCGUUCCUCGCGCACGAUUGGAGGGAGACGCUUGAGAAGACAUUGGCAUGGCUUGCGCCGAUGGCCCACAAUAUGAUCCGGUGGCAGGCUGAGAGGAACUUUGAGCAGCAGCAGAUUGUGUUGAAGGGGAAUGUGUUGCUGUUGCAGACAUUGUAUUUCGCCGAUCGGGAGAAGACUGAGGCGGUGAUCUGCGAAUUGCUUGUCGGGCUGAAUUACAUCUGCCGGUACGAGCAGCAGCACAACGCGCUACUUGACUGCUCGAGUAGUCUAGACUUUGAUGAUUGUGUGGAGUGGCAGCUUCAGUAGAGCCCAAGGUCAGGUUUCUACUCUGUUCCAUAGUGUACAAGUGAUAUGAAACAACAAAGGGUACUUGUUUUUGUUUGGGUUUCUUCAUUUUUCCCCUUCCGUUUUGUUCCUGUGCAUUUUGCACAUGAGACCAUCGAUCAAUUCAUAGAUGAAAUAUAGAGCUUUGUCUAC